ACUAGCUUUCUUAAUAACCGAUUGAGCCCGACAUUAUACCUUUUAGCCUAAAGCAUUUGAGGAGUUUAUCGAUAACACGAAGAGACGUACUCACACACAUAGUAAUUUGUCGAUGUUAAGUAAUUGUAUAGAAGGGAUCAAUUGAAUGGAGGACGCUCGUAAGCUUUUGGUCGAAACGAAGGUUAAGGCACUCGGCGCCUUGAGCAGUGCUAACUUGGUGCAGCUCCUCGACACCAGUACCGUGGAACAGGCGCUUCAGGUUCUUGCCGAGAACCAUAUCCUCUCCGCACCUGUCGUUGCGCCUGAAGAUGCGGGUCAAGCGAUCGGGGUUCGCUGGCCGGCGCAGCUGCCGAACUCGGACAUCAUGGGGUUCGUAUGUGUCAACGACAUCAUUACCAGCUUCCUGGAAUACUACCAGUCCGAGGUAGAAGGCGCUGCAGCUGCCUCCGCCGCCUCAGAUCUCUCAGUGGCCCCCAGCGCCGGCAGCAGCGGCGGCGGUGCGGUGUCCAUGUUGGCCCGCAUGCGGCGGCUGGAGGGGCUGGGGCUGCAGUUCGCUCAGAAGCAGCUGCGCGACCUCACCUGCAAGGGCUGCGACGGGGACUUCCUGCACAGCCGCCACGCGGGGGAGGCCACGCUGCUGGAGCUGGUCAUGUACGGGUUCCUGGACCCCAAGAGGAGGGGCAUGCACGAGGGCGAGCAGCAGGCGCACGUGGUGCACCGCGUGGCGCUGUUCGACCGCAGCGGCUGCGUCACCUGCGUCAUCAGCCAGACCGACAUCUGCCGCUUCCUGGCGGCGCACAUGGAGCGGCUGGGCGGGCUGGGCGAGUGCAGCAUGGCGCAGCUGGGCUGGGACAGGAAGCAGGUUGUCAGUUGCACCCCCGAGACCCCGGCGCUCGACGCCAUGCGGCUCAUGGUGGCAGCGGGGGUCAGCUCGCUGGCGGUGGUGUCGGGGGCGGGGGUGGGAGGGCAGGAGGGUGGUGAGGGCGAGGACAUGCAGGAUGCCACUGCUGCCGCCGCCGCUCCCCGUGGCGGGCGGCUGCUUGGGAACUUCAGCGCCAGCGAGAUGAGAUCCAUGACCGCUGAGCACUUUGGCGCGCUGUCGCUGCCGGUGGGCGAAUUCCUGGCGCUGGAGCACGACACGGAGUACGUGCUGGCGAACAGGGAGCGUCUGCUCGAGGCGGGUGUGUUUGGCUCCCCCGCCCACCAGUUCAUCACGGACCGCUCCCGCCGCACCACCCGCCCGCACUCGCCCGGGCAGGAGGUGGGGCAGCGGCUCAUCGUGGCCACAGCCGCCACCACAUUCGCGGAGGUGGUGGACAUGAUUGUGCGCCACCGCAUCCACCGGGUCUACGUGGUGGACGAGCGGGAGGUGCCGGUGGGCAUCGUCACCUGCACCGACAUCCUGCGCAAGGUGGUGGAGGUGGCGACGGAGGCGGUGCCGGCCUCGCCCGCGGCGGCAGCGGCGGCGGCAGCGGCGUUCGCGGCCCGCAGCCCCCGUGCAGCCGCGGCAGCAGCGGCAGCGGCGGACCCUGCUACUGCGCUUGCGUGAGGGUGAGGGUGAGGAGGGGGGUGAGGAGGGGGGGUGAGGAGGUUGGGGGGAAUGGGAACGGGGGCUCCGCUGCGGUUGCCGUGGAGGGUCUUGCAUCACGGGUUGAGUUGGUUGUUGGGGAAGGAGGCGAGGACAGGACCCGUGGGUCAUGCAUAGUACAGGGCGGCAUUUUGCGUGUUUCCGGUGUCUAAAUCGGUGCCGCUAGAGAAAGUCAGGAGAAAGGUGGUAUAGACCCCACAUUGACGCUGGGUGCGUGGGGUUGACUUCCAUGAGGAGAAGCGAGGGAGGGGUUGUGCGGUGCAAUGUGUUGGGUCGCCCGAGGGGAAGGGACUUGCGCCUUUUGCGGUUGUGCGGUUGAUUCAAAUUGCAAGGGUAGAAGACGAUUAAGAAGACGAAGACGAUCAGCUAGGAUAAAGGCGGAUAAAGAGCAAGAGCAUUUUGAUGAUAAUGUGGCACGGACUCCAAAUCUAUGGUACCGGUACGCAUGCUUGAUUGCUUACAUGCCGGCUCAAAUAGUAUCUCGGUCCCAUGUAGCCGGUGCCUAUCUAGGCGUUGCCAUUACAUAUAGGUGGUUGUUGGUUGCUCCGGACUGCGGCCCGCGGCCCUAGACACAGACCUGCGCCGCGG